GCUGCCGACCGGACUAGUGUGGACUCCUCUCCACAUUUACAUUUACAACAUUUACAACUCUGCAUUUGUUGCUCUCCGCUCAGCUGUGCCUUGAGUUUAGUUUGAGGGCGCUUGAAAGAAGGCAACCCUCUCUUUAAUUGCAGUUUUUCACCAUUUCUUCAAUGAGUAAAUUUGGACGUGGUCUCCUUUAAAACUCGUAGUAGUCCAUCCAUUCUUCCAAAUGCCUCGCCUGCCAGUCUCGCUUCGCAUGUGGGCAUAAGCCGAUGGUUUCAGCCCGCGUCCAGGUGGUUUACAGGAAGAGACUGCACGGGGAUUUAAAAAAAGAAGAAGCAUAUUUCUUAAACACCUCUUUGAAUUUUGGAAACGUGUCAUCGUUUUUUUCAUCCCCUUCACAAUGGCUGAUGCAAAUGCAGAAUGCAACAUCAAGGUGUUGUGUCGAUUUCGACCCCUGAACCGAUCUGAAAUCAUCCGCGGAGAUAAGUUCAUCCCAAUAUUUCAAGGAGAAGACACUGUCAUCUUCGGGGGGAAGUCGUAUGUGUUUGACCAGGUUUUCCCCACGAACACCACCCAGGAACAGGUCUACAACACCUGUGCCAAACAGAUUGUCAGAGAUGUACUGGGUGGAUACAAUGGGACGAUCUUUGCCUAUGGGCAGACUUCCUCCGGAAAGACACACACCAUGGAGGGGAACCUUCACGACCCACAGGGAAUGGGAAUCAUUCCUCGGAUUGCUGAGGAUAUUUUUGAACAUAUAUUUGCGAUGGAUGAGAACCUGGAAUUCCAUAUCAAGGUAUCCUACUUUGAGAUCUACAUGGAUAAAAUCCGGGACCUGCUGGAUGUGACAAAAACCAACCUUUCAGUGCAUGAAGACAAAUACAGGGUUCCUUACGUGAAGGGCUGCACCGAGCGCUUUGUCACAAGUCCUGAGGAAGUGAUGGAUGUGAUAGAUGAAGGAAAGGCCAGCCGUCACGUUGCUGUCACGAACAUGAAUGAGCACAGUUCCCGCAGCCACUGCAUCUUCCUAAUAAACAUCAAACAGGAAAAUGUGGAGACGGAACAGAAGCUGAGUGGGAAGCUGUACCUGGUUGACCUUGCAGGUAGUGAGAAGGUCAGUAAGACCGGGGCAGAGGGAGCGGUGCUGGAUGAGGCUAAGAACAUCAACAAGUCUUUGUCGGCUCUGGGGAAUGUCAUCUCAGCCUUGGCUGAGGGAACGAAAUCCCACGUGCCGUACCGUGACAGCAAAAUGACUCGCAUUCUGCAGGACUCGCUGGGGGGAAACUGUCGCACCACCAUGUUCAUCUGUUGCUCUCCCUCUAGCUACAACGACGUGGAGACCAAAUCCACUUUGAUGUUUGGCCAAAGAGCCAAGACCAUCCGGAAUACUGUGUCAGUGAAUCUGGAGCUCACAGCAGAGCAGUGGAAGAAGAAGUAUGAGAAGGAAAAGGAGAGGAACAGAUCAAUGAAGGAGACUGUUCAGAGGUUGGAGGCUGAGCUGAACUGCUGGAGGAACGGUGAGAAUGUUGUCGUUUUGGAGCAGUUGAGUGAGGGAUCAGAAGAUGCUCCACUGGUGCCUGAGACUGAGGAGCCGGUUCUUGACAUCAGCAGUCCAUGCACCCCCUGCACCCCCUGCACCCCCUGCACUCCAUGCUCCAUCGCGUCCUCGAUUGUGGUUCACAUUUCUGAGGAGGAGCGGCAGAAGUACGAGGAGGAGAUCCGGAAGCUUUACAAACAGCUGGAUGAUAAGGAUGGUGAGAUCAACUACCAGAGCCAGAUGGUGGAGAAGCUGAAGGAGCAGAUGCUCAACCAGGAGGAGCUUCUUGCAUCAUCCAGGGGGGACAGUGAGAAGGUGCAGUCAGAACUCGGCAGGCUGCAGACAGAAAAUGAAUCUGCAAAGGCAGAGGUGAAGGAGGUCCUGCAGGCCCUGGAGGAGUUGGCUGUCAACUAUGACCAGAAGAGCCUGGAGGUUGAGGAGAAAAGCAUCCAGAACAAGCUCCUGGCUGAGGAGCUUGCAAAGAAAAUGAGUCACCUGAUGGCAUUGGAGGCAGAGCUGUCCCGUAUCCAAGAAGUGAGCAGCCACCAGAGGAAACGCAUCACUGAGAUUCUCAACGGGCUCAUGAGGGACUUGAGUGACUUCAGCACCAUCGUUGGAAACAAGGAUAUCAAGCUGCCCAUGGAGAUUACCGGUGCGAUCGAGGAGGAGUUCACUGUGGCUCGCCUCUACAUCAGUAAGAUAAAGUCGGAGGUGAAGUCCAUGGUGAAGCGCUGCCGCCACCUGGAGAACCUGCAGAUGGAGUGUCACCGCAAGAUGGAGGAGACGGGGAGAGAGCUGUCCUCAUGUCACCUCCUCAUUUCACAGCACAGGGCCAGGAUCCGCUCUCUGACUGAGUACAUGCAGAACGUGGAGACGAAGAAGAGACAGCUGGAGGACAGCUACGACUCUCUGAGUGAGGAGUUGGCCAAAGUCCAAGCACAAGAGAGUGUGUCACGGAUGACCAGGGGGGAGAGUGAAAAGUCGGUCCAGGAUUACUGUGAUAUAAAGAGAGUUCUGGAGCAGCAGAUGGAAUCGCACCGUGAAAUGCACAGCAAACAGCUCGGCCACCUGCGAGACGAGAUCAUUGAGAAGCAGAAGAUCAUUGACGAGUUAAACGACUGUAACCAGCAGCAACAGCUCGAGCUGGAGCAACUGCACGUUGACUUUGAGUGUCUCAGGAGCCAAGAACAUCACAAGAGCCGCCAGCUGGAGGAACUGACAUUUCUUAAUGAGCGGCAUGAACAGUCGAAGCAGGACCUCAAAGGGCUGGAGGAGACGGUUGCUCGAGAGCUCCACACCCUGCACAACCUCCGCAAGCUUUUUGUGCAAGACCUCACAUCUCGAGUUAGAAAAAGUGCAGGGAUGGAGCCCGAUCAUACUGGAGGAUACAUCACCCAGAAACAGAAAAUUUCCUUCCUUGAAAACAACCUGGACCAGCUUACAAAGGUCCACAAACAGCUGGUACGUGACAAUGCAGACCUUCGCUGUGAGCUUCCAAAACUGGAGAAACGUCUUCGGUCUACAGCUGAGCGAGUUAAGGCCCUGGAGGGUGCACUGAAGGAGGCAAAAGAGGGAGCCAUGAAGGACCGCUGCCACUACCAGCAGGAGGUGGAGCGAAUCAAAAACGUGAUGAGGACCUACAAUCCCUUCCGCCGGCCCCAUGCUGCACAGAUUGGUAAUGCGUACACCGCAUUCACAGAUUAAACGAGUCAUCUCAGUAGAAGAUAUGUAAUCAGAUGAAAUGAUGAUAGGCGUCCUCUAUAGGUAGGCAAUGAGCCAUUUCAUCCAUUAAUAUGUUUUCUGUGGAUGUCACCCUGAGCUUCUCUUGUUAUCGCAAAGCUGUUUAUGACAUGCACUGCUUUCCUACAAUCUGUGCUAUUCGGUACGCAAUAAUAUCACACACAUCAUGUCUGCAACCUUUUUUUUAUUAUCUCUAACAAAUGUUUUCAAAACAAAAUCAUGUUAAAGCUCCAGUGCCCCAGAGGAAUUCUGAGUAGUCACCACAACACUGGUGCCACAUUCUCAUUAAAUAUGUCAUGUAAUUACGCACCAUUCUUCAGUCCUCCACAUCCAAUUUACCAAUAAGCAUUUAUCCUUUAGCUGUAAAAUCCAUUCUCUUGCUCUUUUCAAGUAUAAAA